AUGUCUGUAAACCAACCACAAAAAUCAUCAUGUGGAAAUUCGGUUCAAUUGGUCUCCAAAUCAUUGUCCGAAAAGCUCCUCGAAAAAUACUUCGACGCUUUGGAGUUCGAUUUUGACUACAACGAGAGCGCGUUGUGGUCCCCACUCGUUCCGAGACGGGCUUUUUUAGUCGUCGCGCCAUUGUCGAAUAGGAGCAAGAAAAUGAGAAGCUUGAGGAAAUUGACAAGUUGGUUUGGUGGGCUCAUGGCAUGCUUCAAGGUAGUGAAUAUAUAG